GCAUGGGGGCUGCCAUGUUGGAAUCACAUGACCACCCGAAUACUACUCUUGUCCUGUUAUUUCAUACUUUCACUCAUUGAUUAAAUAAUCAUGGCUGACUGAAUAUUUCAUUUCUACAAUGGCAUCUGUAACUUAAAACUAUUAAUUUAAAAUGUUGCUGAAGAGAGAAAAAAACAUUUUGGAAGAGAAAAAAAGAAUUAAGAGAGAGAAAUACACAAUUUGAAGAGAAAAAAAAGAAUUAAGAGAGAGAAAUACACAAUUUGAAGAGAAAAAAAAAAUAAGACUUAGGCUCAGAAAGGAACUGAGACACAAUUGUCAAAUUGUUUUUUCUCAUCUUGCUGUUCAGGGCUUCCGUACUGUGAAGAGACAUGCUCAUUGGACAGGUCCAAACAUGCGCAGACGCGUUGAGAAACUUCCAUAUCUGGGACAGUCAUGAGGCCACGGUUAGACAGGAGGAGUGGCCAAGAAUGUUGAAGAUAAUUUUUAGCCACAUAUAUAAGCUUGAAGAAGAUUUUGUUCGUCACGGAAAAACGUUUACUCACUCAAGAGGUGUUAAGCACAGUGAUGUUAAAGUACUGCUUCGCUUGGGAAUAAGUGUUUAACACAACAGAUCUGAUGCAACAACAUGGCAACAUCACAUGUGAAUGGCUUUCUUGUAAGGACAAUCAUGAGAUGUUUACGGCACACUACUCGACAACCAAAUCUGAUGGCUGUAAGGCCUGUUGGACAUUUUUCUAACUCCACUUCAGGAAAACGGGAAGAUGUAAGAAGACAUGAGAGCAGCCUGGCUGUUGUAGCGUCACAGCGGAGGUCAGGAGGUCGCACCGGUCGCUUGAUGGCUGUGGCUUUUGGACUGGGAUUCGGUGCUGCAACAGCCUUGUAUGCAUUAAGAGAAGGGGACAGUAAAGAUUCCCUACAGAGGACAGCCGCUAUCAGAAAUGUGCUAAUUGACAGCUUAUUACCUACUAUCCAUUGUGCCUCCCCAUUUAAAACGGACAGCCCGCGGUGCAAAUACAACUUCAUCGCAGAUGUGGUUGAGAAAUCAACUCCUGCUGUUGUUUACAUCGAGAUCGUUGGGAGACACCCUUUUUCUGGCCGUGAGGUGCCCAUCUCGAAUGGCUCUGGCUUCAUCAUAAGUAGUGACGGCCUGAUAGUGACCAAUGCCCAUGUGGUUGCAAACAAGCGUGGCGUCCGUGUCAAACUGACCAAUGGAGAGACUUACAAUGCCACAGUCCAGGAUGUAGACCAGGCUGCGGACAUUGCCACUAUCAAAAUCAAUGCUAAGCAUCCCCUCCCAACGUUGUAUCUUGGUCAGUCAUCUGAUGUGCGCCAGGGUGAGUUUGUGGUUGCCAUGGGGAGCCCCUUUUCUCUUAAAAACACAAUCACAUCUGGAAUAGUCAGCUCCACCCAGAGAGGAAGUAGAGAACUGGGCCUAUCCAACCACAACAUGGACUACAUCCAGACUGAUGCUGCCAUAGAUUUUGGAAAUUCAGGAGGUCCCCUUAUUAACCUGGAUGGUGAGGUCAUCGGCAUCAAUACCAUGAAAGUGACAGCAGGGAUUUCCUUCGCUAUUCCCUCGGACAGAGUCCGCCUUUUCCUUGAGCAUGCUGCUGACAAACAGAAGUCCUGGUUUGGAGAAUCAGGAUCAAAACGGCGCUACAUUGGAGUUAUGAUGCUGACACUAACCCCCAGUAUAAUCGAGGAGUUGAAGAUGCGUGACCCAUCCUUUCCAGAUGUUACACAUGGAAUUCUGAUCCACCGUGUUAUUAUAGGUUCCCCAGCCAAUAGAGCUGGAAUGAAACCAGGGGAUGUGAUUGUUGAGAUAAAUGGGACAAAGGUGAACACGUCAGAACAGAUCUAUAACGCUGUGAGUACAAGCGACAGCUUAAACGUGGUGGUCCGCAGGGGACACGAUCUCCUCAUGUUGCACAUGACUCCUGAGUUUACAGAAUGACAUCAGCAUGAUGAAAAUGUAUGCAUUAAAAUAAGAGAUAGAGAAAUGGUUCAGCUGAGGUUAAAUGGAUGACAAAUACAGAGAAAUGAAAUAAAAUAGAGAUGAUUUCCAGAUGUGAGACUAUUAACAUAGUUGGGAGGUGUUAUAAUAAAGUACAAAUUAAUUGGAUCAAACCUGGGUCCAGUUUGUUUUGCAAAAGUGGAAAUUUGUGCAAUGUGAUUGAAAUGUUAUUUUAAAGAGAUGGUUCACCCAAAAUGUAAAUUCUCUCGUCAAUUACUCACUCUUGCCAUCCCAGAUGUGUAUGACUUUCUUUCGUAUACUGAAUAUAAACAAAAAUUGGUCUUUACAAUGCAAGUAAAUGGUGACCAGACAUUUGAAACAAUAUGAUGGUUGUGGGUGAGAAACAAAUCAAUAUUUAAGUCCUUUUUUACUAUAAAAUCUAAAUUAUAAUUUUCUUUCACAAUUUGAAAGUGAAAGAAUAGUUUUAUUUUAAAACAUGCUUAAAUAUUGAUCUGUUGCUCACCCACAACUAUCAAAUAGCUUCUGAAUAUAUGGAUUAAACCACUGGAGUCUUAUGGAUUACUUUUGUGCUGCCUUUGUGAUUUUUGCAGCUUCAAAGUUCUGGUCACCAUUCACUUGCAUUGUAUGGACCUACAGAGAUAUUCUUCUAAAAUAUUUAUAAAUAAAAUGUGUUUGUGUUAAGCAGAAGAAAAAGUAAUACACAUCUGGAAUGGCAUGAGGGUGAGUAAAUGAUGAGUUCAUUUUUGGGUGAGCUAUCCUUUUAAGUGUACAUUUUGUGCAUGCUUUGGAAGUGUGUGAAUGAGUUUGGGUAAAUUUGAGCAGGUCUGCCUUUAGCAUUACACUGGAUAAAUAUCAGUGUAUCCUCUCAAAACUGCACUGUAUCAGUAUUGUAUCAAAAUAAUGAGUUCCAUUAAAUAUUUGUGUCUGUGUUCAGGAAACUGUUUAGCAUGGCACAAAUGAACAUUUGUCCAUCAUUAUAAAAGUGAGUUUUUCUACAUUGCUACAUCACAGAAGUUUUGUAUUGAAUCUCAUGUAUGUUACAAUGUUUUGUAUUUUAAUAAAUUUUGAAAAUGACUGUUUUCACAAUAAAAUAUUGAAAUUUCAAAAACCUGCAAUCACAUGCAAUUGAUUAUAUUGCAAAGUCAAAAGCAGGUUUCAAUUCUGGAUAAUGUUAAAAUGUCAAAAUAUCCUGUUUGUCGAGU